GGGGCAUUUGGUGGGCAAUCAGAGCGCUCAGAGUACGGUAAACAAACAUUCGAGCAUUUCAAUUCUAGUAAAAUCUUAAUUUCCUUAUCGUAGUGAUGAUAUUCUGAUCGAUAAUUUGCGGGGAAGUGCUUUAAAAGGCACUGAAGAAACAAAUAAAUGAUGCUGGCCACAGUUUCAUGACGUCAUAGCAGGAGGCUGAACACAACAGUCAAAAAAUCAACACAAAAGUAAACGAUUUCUGAAAAGCGAGCAUGAAUGCUUGAAACCGAAAAAUAGCCGGGAAAAGCAACAUUAUAUGAUUGUGAUUAAAGUGAAUUAUUUGUUGGAAUACAAAAGUUAUGCCUCGACCAACAGUAGUUUCACAGAUGUCUGCCUCCCAAGCAGGUACGGCACGCGGGAGUCAACACAAUUCCACUCAAGGGUCGGCUGGCAACCAGACGAAUCAAAAUCCACCCGCUCCCGACAGUGAAUUGGAUCACCUAGUAGUUAACAUGGUCAAGGUCAUUUUGAACCUUUCGGUUAACAAGCAUCUCAUCAAGAAAGCUGAUUUAGCGAAAAAUGCACUCGGAGGUAACAGUCGUGCCUUCUCGAAAGUUAUCGGACCAGCCAUGACGGAAUUGAGUGAAGUCUAUGGCUACAAGCUGAUUGAAACGGAACGGAAUAAAACAUUCAUACUGGUUUCCAAUGUGCCAUGCGGUUCGAUUCUCGAUUUAAACGAAGACUAUCGACGAAAAUACACACUGCUUUAUUUAGUGCUUGGAUAUAUAUUCAUGAAGAACGGAAGCGUGCCGGAACAAGGGCUGUGGGAUUUCCUGGGGAAACUCAGCAUCAACGACGAAGAGGAUCAUGCAUUCUUCGGGAACGUCCGGAGGCUGAUUGGGGAAACGUUUCCGAAGCAAGCCUACCUCGUCCGAACCAAACAGGUGGUAGAGGGAAUGAACGAGGAUCGGUUCGUCUAUAGUUGGGGCGUACGAGCCCAGCACGAACUCAGCAAGAAGGACAUUCUUGAGUCGAUUUGUAAGUUGCUGGGGAAGCCGUCGAUCUGCUACGUUACGCAACAUACAAUUGCCUACGGCGAAAGUCAGGACGAUGAGGAAGAUGAACCGAUGGAUGCCACACAGGCUUGAGUUGAAUUGAGAGUAAUAUGAUUUUUAGUUAUUAAAUUCGUUGAAGUAUGGAUUAAUGCUAUUCUAUAGAAUUUAAGAGCUCCGUGUACAAAGUGUUUUAAUAAUUAACAGUCCACUUUUCAAAUGUACGAAUUUGAAAUUUCAACGAGCAGUUAUGGUUAAGCUCAGAA